AUGUCAUCGCGCUCUCCAGCCCCAGAGUCGGGCAACCCCUUGGACGAUUCCCAGGGCCGGCGCCGGGUGAGGCAGAAUCGCGACUUAUUGAGCGGCCAAUGGAAAUCAAUGGGCGGUGAGGCCUGCCCAACCAAUGCACCGAGCGGAGUCCAGGACGAAUCCCCUGGUGAUCGCUCAGACUCGAAGGCCACCAAGAGCGAAGACCCGCCGGAUCAAAUUCGUCCUUAUCGGGGCGCUACGAGCUCCGAUUUCUCAUUCCAGGUCGCCUCAGGUGGCUCACAGCCGUUGCGAAGGAGCUCAGGUGAAGGUGCAGGUGGAACACCAAGGGGAUUCGAGAUCAACACGAUCGUCAGCUCUGAGAUUCUCGCCGCCUCGAAACCACUCGCGAGACUGGUUUUCAACGAUCCCUUACAGGAGAUGAAAUACAGCGAGGUCAUACGCCUAGUAUCUGUCUUCAACUCGGGCCCUGGCCUCUUGUAUCCAAUCGUGGAGACUGUGGAGCUCCUGCAAACAGUCGAACGUGUCUUUCAGCUGCUGCGGGAGUCCGAGAAACCUCAAACCGUGCAGAGACAAAUAACUGCUGCAGAGGAGCUGAACAGUACGAAAACAUUGACGCUCAAGUUGGUCAUCGCCAAUGCCCUUACACUGGAGAGCCGCCAAAUCAGUCGCCUGGCACAAAGGCACUUUGAUAGCGUUCGGGAGUCCCUAGGAAGUUCCUUCUGGAGUUUGCCGAGUCUUGGCGGCAUUGUCAAUUGGAUUUUAGUGGCACUUCUUCAUUUUCACCUCGACGAGGAACUGCAGGCUUCCCGCGUUGCUGCCCACGCUGCGAGACUGUGUCUUGAAAUGGGAAUUAAUCGAAAAGACGCAAAUUGCACCUUCAAAACGCCUCAAGAUGCUCUCCUAGCCACCAAGGUUGUAUGGGCUGUAUUCGUGCUCGAUAGGAGAUCCAGCAUUGCCCUAGGCAUUCCGUUCGUCGUACAAGACAGUGACCUUAAUACAGUUAUGGAGACUCCAGACCCGGAUAGUAUUUAUCUCGAGACCGUGGUCCGAUUGUCGCGCAUUGCUGGCGAGGCUUGCCGUCUCGCUAGUCGGAUCAGCGAUCGCAGUGUCCCGCUGAGCACGGCCGACAUCGAUUUCCUAGACUACCAGAUCUCUCAGUGGCAACUCCGGCUUCCCCCUAAUCUGCAGUUCAAUCGAGCAGAGCUGCAAAGCGGCCAAUUCGAUCCGUUUACGAACGAGUCGAGCCUAUACAUGAGCAGUAUCCUCUUCCUUAGGGCGAACCAACUGCGCAACCUCAUCCAUAGACCGGCCCUAUACUCAGCCGAUCGCAUCACCGCGAAUGAGCAAUACCCACGCACGGCCAUAGACGUAGCCUGCGAAGCUGUCCAAGUCCUCCACGAGCUCAACUCUUCCACCGGUCUCGUUGAACGGCAUGCGGUCUUUUUCAAGUAUUUUCUGGUAUCAGCCUUCUCAAGCCUUCUCUUGGCGAUCGCAAAGGCUCCAGUGUCGUAUACAGCGACCCGAGUGGGCCUCAACGUGACCCUUCUUGCCCAACUGAAGCAGUCAUUCUACAGGGCGCUUGAUAUGUUCAAGCUCUUUGGCACCCGUGCUCCAUCGCUGUUGCAUCUUUGGGAAUCUGUCAAUAGCUUGGAGGCGUGGGCAGUGCAAAUGGGCCUACCGAGUCGGGCUGAAUCAGGCGAUUUGUCCUGGCCAAAUGCUGGUGGUUUUGUUCUACCACCCCAGACGUUGGAUACGGAGACAAGCAGUAACCCAGCACCGGUCAUUAAUGGGGCUUGGCUGGAAGGUUGA